UUUUAAAUUUAAGCAAACACUUCGUUUUUGAUUGUCAAUUUUGAAUCUGAAGUCCUGUAUCAAGGUCACCCACUGCGUUGUGCAUCUGACGCCCCAGCUGCUAGACCUAAGCCUACACACUGCACACUUCCCGUGGCCCGGUAAGGAAAAAAAACCUCGUCUUCGUCGGCUCCUUCUCAGAGCCGGUAUUAACCGUUGCUGUUGGCUCCAUCCGAGAGCCGGUACUGGAGGCCUUGUGCCGGUACUGACACCUCCUUCGGUAGAGCCGGGAGUUCCGAUACUGGGUACCUUAACCUGCCCAUCCCUAGUUUAGGGAGGAUGUAUUCAUACUCCCUCCCCCAACUCUGCUGUCUGUAUCGGUCCCCUCUACUUCAUCUGAACCGGCCCCAUCAUCAGACCCAUUUCUGCUCUCACCGACCCAUCUACUUUAUCUGAACCGGCCCCAUCAUCAGACCCACUUCUGCUCUCACCGACCCCUUCAACUUCAUCUGAACCGGCCCCAUCAACACAUAGGCCUCACUCAUUUUCACAAGAUCCAAUCAUGCGAAAGAGAAUAAUCACACCGAAGAAAAGGGCGAACAAAUUAACAUAUGAAAUCGCGAAAAAGGAGAAACAACUGUCUUUGAUGGAAAAGAAAUAUGACGAAUUGAAACAGGAAAUGAUAAAACAGGCAAAAAUGAAAAGUCAGUACAGUGUGAAGAACAUGAAGAGAAGGGAAGAAAGAAAUGUUAAGCUCAGGAUGGGACUCAGGCAGGAGAAAAGCAGGUUGACUUCGCUAAUAAAUAAGAAGGAAACAGAAAAUGAGUUUUUGAAAAAGCAGCUGAAGGAAAGAAUACAGGAAAAUGCCAAACUCAAGACGAAGAUGUUCAAGCAGAGGAAAAAAGUGAGAAGGUUGCUGAAGGAGAAGAAGGCAGCAAUUGCAAGAGCGAGAUACCAUGGAAGGAGACAUGACACAAAGAAAGCUGAAGAGCUGGUUGAGGAGGAAAAAGAAGCAGAAGUUGAGAUUGAGACUACAAACACAAAGGGAGAGUUUACAGAUGAGACAAGAUUUUGUGUGAUGGAUUUGACAGGACUGGAAGUGGCUACAGGAAAGAUUGGACAGGUGAUGGAAGCUGUUGGAUCAUUUUGUAGAGUGAAGUUUAGUCAGCUGCCGAGUAGGACAGCAUGUCAGAGGAUUGUUGACGAGGGACAGGUGUUGGCGAAGACUUUCAUCAGGAAGAAGGCACUGAAAAGAAGCAAAGGAUUUGGUAUGCAUAAAGAUGGAACAACAAGGAAGAAAGUAAAGAUUCUGGAUACGUCGAUCAGUACGGAAGAAGGAGAAGCAUACUGUUUGGGUUGGACAUCAGUUGUGUCAGAGACUGGACAGGCAAUAGCAGAGGAGAGAACAGAAAAGUUAGGAGAAGUCAUGGGAAAGUCAAAGGAAAGUGAAAAGAUUGAGAUUUUAAAAAAGAUGAAGUAUUACAUGAAUGACAGGGCAGCGAAUGAAAAGAAGAGCAACAGGCUGUUGGACGAAUAGAGAGAUGAGAUGCCGGAAAGACAUGGAGAGCAAGCGACAGAUGUGCAGCAUCUACACUGUGCGGCGCAUGUCUUGCUAGGAUUUCACAGUUAUGUGCUCACAGCCAUCAAGAAGUUGGAAUUCAUUCCAAAGGGAGAGGUAAAACAACCGGUGGCUGUGAUGCUGAGAGAUGCAUCAGGUUUGUUGGGCCCUGUGGGGGAUUACAGAGGACUUAGGAAUGAGUGGGGAGCGUACUGUCUGGAGAGAGAAAGGAAUGAAAAGCUGUAUAAAAUCCUACAAAGACAACCGGUUCAAUGGUCUCUUUGAGGUUGCUGCCCAGGUAUUCCACCAUCAUGAGGGGUGGAUGAGGACUUCAUCAAACUUUUGGAAUCCCAUAAAAACAUAAAUGCAAAACAAACCCGUCUGUACGACGCCCUUUUGGAUCCAAGUUUGAUUCUUUUAUCUUUGUGUUUAGGAUUUUUUUUCUCAUUCAGUCACUGGCCCCUUUUGGACAAUGGUAAUCUCUCCAAAGUCAACCUACCUGGAAUUCAAAGACCUUAUUCAGAAGCUGAAGGAGGACUUACAACAUUGUGUCACCAACCCCGUACGUAGGGUGUCCAGGAAGAGUGUUGUUGAGACAAGUUUGGAGUUUAUGGCUCGGGCUGGAGGACGGUAUUGGGUCGUGGCUAACGGGAAGGAGGUCCAGAGAAAGUUUUAAAAAUUUCAAUAAAGGAAGAACAAUGACAACGGUCAGUCUAUUCUGCAUUCUUUCUUCAAUUACAAAGUGUGCAUGCUUUUACUAAUCCAGUUCUCUACUUACAUUUUUGUGAGAAAUUGAUCCUGAGCAUUGCUUAGCAAGGAGGAAUCUUUUAUGUUGCCAAAUUCCUUUCAAAUAUUAUGACUUUGGGAGAAGAUAUGACUAAUGUUCUUUAUAAAUCUUUAAAGAAUACCACCUUUUUAACCUGUUAAUGUCUUUACAACGUAAAAAGUAUGAUAGAUAUUAGAAAUCUGACAGUAUGACUAGAUUCUGCAUUAAAAGCUGCACUAGACUGCCAAGUUUCAUUUACAUAACCCGAGAAAUAAGCGAGCUAUGAUGAAUUUUCGUCUCAAAACACACUGAAAACCGCCACAUUUUUACGAAUAAAUGUCUUCAUAACUUUAAAAGUAUGAUAGCUAUGAAAAAACUGAAAGCAGGACUAGAUUCUGCACUAGAAAAUGUACUUAGUUGCCAAGUUUCAUUUACAUACUCCGAGAAAUGAGCGAGUUAUGGCGAAUAUUGUCUCA